AUGUCUCGGCCUCACGUCUCUGUCAUGUACAACUAUACAGCUGUAUACAGUACACAGCCGCCGGAGCCACAGCCGCCGGAGCCACAGCCGCCGGAGCCACAGCCGCCGGAGCCACAGCUGCCGGAGCCACAGCCGCCGGAGCCACAGCCGCCGGAGCCUCAGCCGCCGGAGCCACAGCCGCCGGAGCCACAGCCGCCGGAGCCACAGCCACCGGAGCCACAGCCGCCGGAGCCACAGCCGCCGGAGCCACAGCCGGCAGAGCCACAGCCGGCAGAGCCACAGCCGGCAGAGCUACAGCUGCCAGAGCCUCAGCCGCUGGAGCCACAGCCGCUGGAGCCACAGCCGCUGGAGCCACAGCCGCAGUGA